AUGUCAGGCAGACGACCACCCAACCAACGGAGGAUACCUUUCGGGGCACAUAAGCAGGUAACAGCUCCCGAAAACGACUUAGAAGAAUGGCCGCAGGACGAUGACAACAUAGCCCAGCAACUCACAGAAGCACAACACAAGGCCUUAGAGCUCGACAGGGAAAACAAGCAGCUAACAAACCAAGUCCAUGAUCUGAACCAGGUGCUUGUUGAGCGAGAACAGGCCUUCGCGCAAUCAGAGCAAGAGCUGCGACGGACCCAAAGGGAUCUAAAAGCCGUUGAAAUCCAAAUCAAGAAGAACGAGGAGCAUGUACAAGCCGCAGAGAGAGCAAAUACUAUGCUUAAUGCGAAAAAUAAUGCGCAGGCUGAGCAGAUCCGUCGCAUUCGCCAAGACUAUAAGAAGCUCAAGGAAGAAGAGACAUCCCGCAGUGGUGAGAUUGAAAGAUUGCAGCAGCAGAUACUUGACGCGAGUCGAGAAUUGAAUGAAAUCAAGCAGAAGCUUGACUUAAAGGAAUCAGAAUUGGCAGCGCAAAAACUGGAGAUGGGGCAGCUUGCUAAGACAGUAAAUAAAUACAAAGGGAACGAUACUGAGUUAAGGAAGCAAUUGAACAGGCUUGCGGAGCAGGUGCAUACAAUUGAACCUGCGAUGGCACUACAUACUGUUGCACAGCCUACAAGUGCGAUGAAUACCGCACUGAUUCCUUCCACCCAGAACAAGCUGAUUACGAAUAACCCCUUCGGCUUCAGCCUCCAGAAUCCAUCUCUGACACUGAGGCAGGAAUUGGGAGGUAGCUUAUAUAGUGGAUCGCAAAGUGCUGCAAGUAGCGGAGCUCUGUCACCGGUGGACCAGAGAGGCAGCAUAGGCAGCAAUUUCAGCGCGCCAGUGAUCCCUGCUCAGAAUCAGAAACCAUCUAUUGAGGCUGUUCCUGUGGACUGGAGCAAUAUCCAGCAGGCAGCUAAAACCGGUGCGAUACCGCAUGUGGGACAAGCCCUUGUCCCUAGCACCACUUUAAAGCGACCUUUUCCUGGAUUGGAAGCUUUGCAGGGCUUUGAUGGUUCGGAAGAGGCGAUCAAAAAGCUGCGCGUUGCUGCUGAUCAGCAAAAGCUUGGGUCCAACCCAGACAACUCAUUUUUGGCUGUUUUCCAGAAGUACUUGCAGACGUUGCAGGAGGCGACUAAUCAGAACCAGAGUCAGCAAGAACAACUGGACGUUUUCAAGAGAACUGUCCAAGCCCUGACCGCGCAAGGCAAUACAAGCUUUGGAAAUCAAAUUUCGAACUCUCAGAGCAGCUGGAUUCAAGAUUAUCAGAAGGCUGCUGCACAGGCAGCGAAUGAUCCUUCAAAGGCUCAGCCCAAGGCCAUAGUCACUGGCGUCAAGCAGCCAAAAGGGUCAAAGCCCAAAGAAAAGCCGAAAAGAUUCCUGACACGUACACCGAAUUACCAAUGGCCAGUAUAUCUGGAAAAGAGAUAUAACCCGUCGACUCCAUUGACGGUGCCACCCUUUCGAACGACGCGAAAGAAGUUUGCCAACUUUUCAGUCCCUGGUGCAUAUGAAGAUGAUCAGACUGAGAGCACAGGGUCGGAGUCGAAGUUAGAGUUUGAAACUGUGCCGGAGUACUUCGAACCUCAGGUCAGUGCCCCAGAGCAAGUACCGAUGCCACCCGCUGUCAUAAUGGCACGGUGGGCUUUAGUCUUGCUGGGAGUUUUUAUAGUUGUGACGGCUAUGGUUGAAAAUUUAUUCGGACGGACGAAUGAAACGCAGGAUAUCUGGAUGCAAUAUAAUGAGGUACCUGAGGGUGUCUUGGCUAAAGUCCGUGGCAGCAAACCCCCUGUUGUAGGGUCGAUGCAGGGCUUGGAUUACGAGUUUGCCAAAUUCGUCGAUAUCAGAUCUCGCCUGGUGGGAUGA